AUGCCUUUCGGGAGCACCGACGAGCAACCGGUUAGCAGGGUAAUCGCCCUUGCCAAGGCCAAUCAGCUCGAAAAGAUCGAAGUAAACGGGGACAAGUUGACCGUUUACCGCACCGGCGGCGAGACAUUCGAUAGCAAGCUGGAAAAGGGCGAUAGCAUCACCUCGCUGCUGUUGGAGAGCGGGGUGGAGAUCGGAGAGCCCGGCGUUGAAAUUUACUCGAAGGGCUCCAGUGGGCUUUCAAGUUUAUUCGGCCUGCUGCUCAAUUUCCUGCCCCUGAUUUUCUUCGGCGGCCUGAUCCUGUUUAUGAUGCGCCAGGCCCAGGGCAGUAACAACCAGACCCUCAGCUUCGGUCGAAGCCGGGCACGUAUGAUGCCCUUCAACCGACCCACGGUAACCUUUGCCGACGUGGCCGGGGUAGAGGAAGCCAAGGUAGAGUUGCAGGAAAUCGUUGAAUUUCUGAAGUACCCGGAGCGCUUUCUGGCUCUCGGUGCCCGCAUUCCCAAGGGAGUCCUGCUGGUGGGACCUCCCGGCACAGGCAAGACGCUUCUGGCCCGCGCCGUCGCAGGCGAGGCGGGGGUGCCUUUCUUCCACAUCAGCGGCUCCGAGUUCGUUGAGAUGUUCGUGGGCGUCGGUGCCGCCCGCGUUCGCGACCUGUUCGAGCAGGCCAAGCGCAACGCCCCCUGCAUCGUGUUCGUCGAUGAAAUUGACGCAGUCGGUCGCCACCGCGGCGCAGGCUUGGGCGGCGGCCACGACGAGCGGGAGCAGACGCUCAACCAGAUCCUGGUGGAGAUGGACGGUUUCGAGACCAACACCAACAUCAUUGUCGUUGCGGCCACCAACCGCCCCGACAUCCUCGACCCUGCCCUGCUGCGCCCAGGACGCUUCGACCGGCGGGUGACCCUGGAUCUGCCCGACCUCCAGGGUCGAAAGGCCAUCCUGAGGGUGCACGCCGCCGGCAAGCCCCUCGCACCUGAGGUCACGUUGGAAACCGUGGCCAAGGAGACCCCGGGCUUCAGCGGCGCCGACUUGUCCAACCUCGUCAACGAAGCCGCAAUCCUGGCGGCACGAGGGAACAAGAAGUCCAUUUUCAUGUCCGAGUUCGAAGAGGCGGUAGACCGCAUCAUCGCCGGCCCCGAGCGCAAGAGUCGCCUCAUCAGCCGUCGCGAAAAGGAAAUGACUGCCUACCACGAGGCGGGUCACGCCCUUGUGGCAUGGGCUCUGCCUCACGCCGACCGGGUGCACAAGAUCUCCAUCGUGUCCCGCGGUUCUAUGGGAGGGCACACCUCCCUCUUGCCAGAUGAGGACCGCUAUCUCUGGACCAAGAACCAGUUCAGCGACAUGAUGGCCGUAACCAUGGGUGGCCGCGCCGCCGAGGAGCAGAUCUUCGACGAGGUUACCACCGGGGCCAGCAACGACAUCGAACGCGCCACGAAAAUAGCUCUGGGCAUGAUAAAGCGGUAUGGAAUGAGCAAGUCCCUGGGCCCUCGCACCUUCGGAAAGCGCGAGGAGAUGAUAUUCCUCGGCAGGGAAAUCAGCGAGGAGCGGGAUUACGGCGACAAAGUUGCGGAGCAAAUUGACGAAGAAGUCAAAAUGCUCAUUAACCUGGCAUACACCAAUGCUAAUGAUCUCCUGAUUACACACAAGCCGAAGUUGGUGACGCUGGCCGAGUACCUCAUCGAACACGAGACGGUAUCGGGCGAGGCCCUGAACCACCUGUUCAACGAUGAACCAGGAAGCGAGCCUGAAGGCGUUCCCGCGGUGCCCCCGGAACCGCAGCCCUAUCCGUCGCCUCGCCCCCAACCGACAAUUCAGCCUCGACCCGCACCCACCCUGCCGUCAACCAGCGGCCAGGACGGCCCAACCGAGGAGUUGCUGCGCUAG